CCUCGCUUUAGGGUCGCCGAGUGGCGAUUGACUCGGCUUGCAACUGCGUUAUUCAGUUUGAUUACGGGAGGAUAUUAAACUUGUUUUCAUGUGCUAUGUGCCUAGAUGCUACUAAUCAUUUUUAAAUUAAACCCUAUAAAAUAUACCAUUAUUACUAAAUAAUUUUUAAUUUAAAUGGCAUCUAAACCUUUGUCUGAAGAGUUUGCAAAUUUGGACGAGAAAGCAAUGAAAUGCGAACUUUCUUCAACCUGCAUAUGCAAGAAACAAUGUAACAAUUGUAAAAUCUUCCUGGCUUUCUUCGUAUUGUCCCUUACUUUGCAUUUGAUCACGCUUUCCUGCUAUUUGGAUCUCCGAUAUGAAGUCAAACGCGAGAUUUUACAGAAAAACAGAAAUGAAGGUUUAACAGCGGGUUCAGAUGAACUGUUUCCCCCGGAAUUCCAGAGGGUGGACGUCGGCUACACUACAGCGGAUACACAGGCUACAAGGACUGAUGAUUGCAGAAGCCAAAGUGAAGGAGAGGAAGGAGUUAUUCAUCGAAUCAAAAGGAGCAGAAGUAAGCUGCCCGAUUCAGAAUCAAAUGGAAAGAGAAAAGAAAAGAAAAAAGGCAGGAAAGGGCAGCCUGGUGCCCCCGGGCCUCCGGGGCCUCAGGGGCCUCAGGGGCCCCCUGGAAUCCCUGGUAUACCUGGGAUCCCAGGCAGCAAUGCCAUGGGCCCCUCCGGGCCGCCUGGACUCCCAGGACCAAUGGGGCCCCCAGGAACAACGGGGCCCCCAGGCCCACACGGACCUGCAGGUGGAAUGGAUAAAAGAGCGAGAGAGAUGAUGCAGCCUGCUGUGGUGCAUUUGCAAGGCCAGGAAACUACUAUCCAGGUCAAGGAAGAUCUUUCAGAAGGGAUCCUCAGAAACUGGAAAAUGAUUUCCAUUCAUCACAAGGUGUUCAAGAUGCACUCGAGGUCUGGCGAGCUGGAGGUGCUGCUCGACGGGAUGUACUUCAUCUAUAGUCAGGUAGAAGUGUACUUCCUGAACUUCACCGACAUUGCUAGCUAUGAAGUGAUGGUGGACAAGACGCCCUUCCUGCGCUGCACGCGCAGCAUCGAGGCGGGCCAGCGUAAGUUCAACACCUGCUACACCGCCGGCGUCCGCCUGCUGCGUGCCCGCCAGAGGAUCGCCGUUAAGAUGGUGUAUGAGGACACCUCCAUUAGCAUGAGCAACCACACCACCUUCCUAGGGAGCUUCCGACUGGGAGACGCCCCGCCUGCAGGGCACCCCUGAACGCCAGCACCCGCCCCCCCAAUCAGCUGACACCCUUUGCCCGCAGUGCUGCCACGUCAUCCCACCAUAACACUGACAUUACUCCCAGCAAUAGAACACAAAAAUCCAGUGGGGGAUUUUAUCUUUGGUUCAUAUUGCCUGCCACUUCUGCUCGAUCACUGACUAUUCUGACCCUGUCCUGUGAAUGGUUGAAUGGACACAGAAUUCCUGUGCUACUCAAACUUACUAUCAAAGAGGAAAAUGGUAACCGUUCAGGCACAGCAGAGGUACAUAAGCUUUAUGCACAAUUUGUUUAAUGAAACUUUCUUUUAUUUUAUAAAUAUUAUUUAAAAACAUUUUUGUUCUGGAGAAGGUCAACAAACAGCUGUUUUCUUCAUUCAUGAGAAAGCUGAUCUUGCAUAUAUAAUUUAAAUUAUUUCAAAAAUUUUGAAAAUUAUAAACAUUUGCUAUAAUCUACUGGUGGAGAAGCGGCGAUGGCAGCUUUCGAAGAUGUGCAGUGUGUGCAUUUGCAUUGCCAUGUAUUAAAAUGUGCAUACAUACACACACAUACACAUAUACACGCACACACACACACACACACAGACACCCAUACACACACACACACAGACACAGACACAAAGAAAGCUAAUUUGAAAAUCCCACUGGGCCAAAAUUUUAAAAAAUGCACUGCCCUUUUGUCGGUUUAAAAUUUUGCUAUCCCUUAUAAUAAUUCAUAGACUGCAAAGGAUUGAAAUUAUUUUCCUGCUCUAUUAGCUUAAGUUAAAUUUACAAAGUCAUCAUAAAAUAUCUCCAAAUCCUCAGAUAAAAAAUGAGUGGAAAAUUGUAAAAAGCCAGCUUUUAAUAGCAUAAUUACAGCAUUGUGAUACAGACUCAAUUGUACAUUGUCUUGUAUUAUUUUAGCUUAUCCUCUAACUUCUGUGAACACAUAAUGAACAUCCAUGGUUACAGAAUUUGUGUAUAAGAUUCUCAUUUACAGUAGUUUUGUUAAGAUGGGAAAUUUUCAGAAAAUUAAAGAUAAAACAUUGCACUGUUUAUACACUCAAGAGCCAAAAGGCUAAGUUCACAUUACAAGCCUCAUUGUCGAAUUCCGAUUUUUUGCUUAGACUGGAUUUGCCUGUCUUGAUGGUUCGCAUUCAUAAUUACAAGUGACCUGUAUCUAUCUGUAAUGUGAAGGCAUCUGUCCGCUGAAAUGGUUCACCUGCGCAAUGGUACCUCACUGACAAAAAGGAAAUACUCAGUGCAUGUAUACAGGCAAAAAACCAGAUGAAUACCGAUCUGGAAAAAAAUCAGAUUUGAUGCACAUUCAGGCAAGAAUCAGAUUUCAGUCACUUCAGCUUGUUAGCACAAACACAGCCUAAGACUAUUUCUCUAUGUGGAGUAAAUAAUGUUGACCAUCUAGUAAAAAUGGUGUGUGUCAAGGUCUGGGAUAUAUUAAGCUAACAUUCGGGACUUGUGAUUGACAUUCUGAAUGCAGAAGAAAAGGUAAAGAUGAGUGACUUUGAUGAGCUACGUCAUUAUGGCCAGACGGCGACGGCUGGGCCAGAGAAUCGGCAGGGCGUGUGGGAAGCUGACGGUCAGCCGUGGUGAGCACCUCCCAAGGGUGGUCUGAGGAGGGGAAGACCACCAAUCGCCAACAGGGUGUCGGGCCGCCGAGACUGGUCAGGGCGAGAUGUGAAUGAAGGCUGCGUGGCACAAUGUGUCACGUCACACAGCACAUGGAGCUCUGCUGUCUGGGGCUCUGCAGCCGUGCGUCGCUCUUGUAGGUCCAAUGCAGCCCCCAGAUGCCCGACGCGCAGGUCGCUCUUGUAGGUCCAAUGCAGCCCCCAGAUGCCCGACGCGCAGGUCGCUCUUGUAGGUCCAAUGCAGCCCCCAGAUGCCCGACGCGCAGGUCGCUCUUGUAGGUCCAAUGCAGCCCCCAGAUGCCCGACGCGCAGCCGGUCGCCCACAUGACGCAGCAGAAAACGCGAUUCAUCAGACCGAGCAGCCUCCUCCCAUUGCUCCAAAGUCCACAUUGCGUGCCCAUUGUAGGCGCUGUUGAGGGUGGACAGUGGUCAGCAGGGGCAAGAUAAUAAUGAACACUUUAUUAAUCCCUGUGGGGAAAUUGUUUUUACGCCUCCCUCAAAGAUGCCCUUAGUGCUGAGACACAUUACUCCUGAGACCAUCAUGAAAACUAUCAGCUAUUUGUGCCACAGUAACCCUCUUUGUUGGUUUUACCACACUAGCUUUCUUUCACAACCCACAUUGAUGAGCCGCUCAACACCCUGUUGAUGAUUCGUGGUUUUGCCCUCCUUAGACCAUUGUGAGCAGGUCCUCACCAUGGCUGCUGCUGGUGGUUGUAUUGUGGGGUGCAGGUUCUCACCAUGGCUGCUGCUGGUGGUUGUCUUGUGGAGUGCAGGUUCUCACCAUAGCUAGUGCUGGUGGUUGUCUUGUGGGGUGCAGGUCCUCACCAUGGCUGCUGCUGGUGGUUGUCUUGUGGGGUGCAGGUUCUCACCAUGGCCGCUGCAGGUGGUUGUCUUGUGGGGUGCAGGUUCUCACCAUGGCUGCUGCUGGUGGUUGGUUGUCUUGUGGGGUGCAGGUUCUCACCAUACCUGCUGCUGGUGGUUGUCUUGUGACCUCCCCACAAGCCGUGCCAUUUCGGAGAUGCUCUGAUCCAGUCAUCGGGCCAUAAUGAUUUGGCCCAUGUCAUAGUCACUCAGACCAUUAUCUAUGCCCAUGUGUUCUGCGUACAACAUGUCAACUACAGGUACUGAAUGUUAGCUUGCCGUCUAAUGUACCCCAGACCUUGAUAUGCACUGAUAGUACUAGAUAGUCAACAUUAUUCACGUCUUGUGGGGGUGGUCAUAAUGUUUUAGCUUAUUGCUCUAUGUGUAUACAUGUAUAUAAAUUAUUAUGAAGACACGUCACUGUUUAUCAACAGGUAACUUUAUUGUUUUAAUGCAACAGCGAAAUACAGGUUUAUAAUUAAGUGUCCUUGUCAUGAGUUCGGCAUAUUUCACAAAAUGUGAUGUAAAGGAAUUAAAUAAUUAAUCUGACUUGAA